AUGGAGCGCUCGCAACCGCCAGCCAGUGCGUAUUGUGAGAAUCAAGUUCUUUCCCUAAACAUCGAGUCAUCUCACGGCUUUCUCAAGGGACGCUCCAAGGUUCAACUUCAGGUUCGCGCUCUUCAACAGCCAUGGACACUCUCUUGUGGUAUGGUCGCAGUUGUUGUAGACGGUGCUGAGGAAGCAGCUGUCACUUUCCUCAAGCUCUUUGACAGACGAUUCGCAUAUCAGUUGCGCGCUGACAACAAGAUACCGCCCUGGACAACGGAUAUUGAGGACUCCUACAUCAACUUUUUGCAGUCCGACCAGGCGGCUAGUCUUUUCGACCAGAUGACCAAUGACGAGUAUUUCAAGUUUGGCAAAGACAAAUGGCACGAUUAUGAGAGUGAAGCUCUUCUCUCCAAAGAGCUCCUAGCUGCAUACAACGCCGAGACAGCCGCCUACGAAGCUUUGGUAGGUCAUCAGGGCAAAAUCGUGCCACGUUUGUUGGGCAAGGUCACAUUCGACCUACCGCCAGAAACACCGGUACCCAGCAAUAUGCUGGACCACUUACAAGUCAAAGGAAUCCUGCUUCAAUACUUGCCUGGAUUCACCUUGUCGGAAUUAGAUCAGCAUGUACCUCAGCCGGACUGGCAGGGCGUCAUCGACGAGGCAGUCCGCAUUACUCGUGUGCUAGGCGAUCUCAACAUUCUCAAUUAUGACGUCCGCCCUUCCAAUUUCAUGGUUGUGCCGGUGGUAAUCAAUGAAUACCAACUCUUUAUCAUCGACUUUGGCUGGUGCAGGCUCCGUCAAGCGCACGAGUCUGACGCCGAAUGGGGCCGGGCGAAAUGGCAACGGGAUGAAGAAGGGGCUGUAGGCCUGGUCAUGCAGCACCGGUUGCGAGAAAAGGGAUAUGAAUACAAGUUUGAGCAUAGUCUCAGGUAUCUUGAGUGGGCACCGGGUGAGGAUGAUUGA